AUGAAUGUCUUCUCAACGUUUCCAGUUUUCAUUGAACCUCCAACAAAUGAUUUCCGUGCUGGCGCUGAACUCAAAGCGAUCGGAAUGUCACCAGCAGUGAUACAUGGUCUCGCUGUUCUUGAUGCUAAUUUCCGAACAGGAUUCAAACAAGUUUCAGAGGACAAAGAAGCAACCGACAGAUUUAUCAAGGAUUUUCAAGAUGAAACAGAUAAAUUUAUCAAUUCAAUGAGUCCAAAAGACAAACAGAUUUAUGAUAUUUAUAAAAAGAAAUAUGACAAAUUUCCAAAAAUCAACUUAUUCCAUUUCAGCGCGGUUUUCCGUGUUAUAAGAUUUCAAAAGGCUAUCAAUCUCACUUGUAUAGUCACAUUAAGCUCAUUUAUCUUAUUUAGAGCAACUAAAACACGAUUGUAUGAGUCCGCCAAACAGGCCUGA